UAUACAUCUUACCCAUGGUAUUCUAUACAUCUUUCACAAGACAUUCUAUAUAUCUUUCACGUGGCAUUCUAUAUAUCUUUCACGUGGUAUUCUAUACAUCUUUCACGUGGUAUUCUAUACAUCUUUCACGUGGUAUUCUAUACAUCUUUCACGUGGUAUUCUAUACAUCUUUCACAAGGUAUUCUAUACAUCUUUCACAUGGUAUUCUAUACAUCUUUCACAUGGCAUUCUAUACAUCUUUCACAAGGCAUUCUAUACAUCUUACCCAUGGUAUUCUAUACAUAUUUCACAAGGUAUUCUAUACAUCUUUCACAAGGCAUUCUAUACAUCUUACCCAUGGUAUUCUAUACAUAUUUCACAAGGUACUCUUUACAUCUUUCACAAGGCAUUCUAUAUAUCUUACCCAUGGUAUUUUAUACAUCUUUCACAAGGUAUUCUAUACAUCUUACCCAUGGUAUUCUAUACAUCUUUCACAUUGUAUUCUAUACAUCUUACCCAUGGUAUUUUAUACAUCUUUCACAAGGCAUUCUAUACAUCUUUCACAUGGUAUUCCAUACAUCUUUCACAAGGCAUUCUAUACAUCUUUCACAUGGUAUUUUAUACAUCUUUCACAAGGUAUUCUAUACAUCUUUCACAUGGUAUUCUAUACAUCUUUCAUAAGGCAUUCUAUACAUCUUUCACACUGUAUUCUAUACAUCUUACCCAUGGUAUUUUAUACAUCUUUCACAAGACAUUCUAUACAUCUUACCCAUGGUAUUUUAUACAUCUUUCACAUUGUAUUCUAUACAUCCUACCCAUGGUAUUUUAUACAUCUUUCACAAGGCAUUCUAUACAUCUUACCCAUGGUAUUUUAUACAUCUUUCACAUUGUAUUCUAUACAUCUUUCACAUGGUAUUCUAUACAUCUUUCACAAGUUAAAAAAUUUGAUGAAUCUUAUACUUCAAUGAACCAUUCAUUUCCUUUCAAAAUCACCUCACUUCAACAUCAUACAAAAACAUUUUAAUAAUUGUUUGUUAGUUUCUGACAGUACUCAACUUCCACUUAUGGAUCUGAGAACUGGGAUGUUUUGUGGAUUUUAUAUUUUCUAAAUCAAGAACACUGUAAUUAAACAAAAGGCUGCACUUCAACUUGAUAUUUGACUUGCAUAGUUAACUACCACACAUCCCUUAAGCUACAUCUGAAGUAGUAUCCCCAGUAAAGUUUAAACAUAGUAUUACGACAGCAAAAAUCACGUGACACUAGGAACAUGCACGCUUGAGUUUCUUGAAGGAUCAUGAAUUUGCCUGGCAACUCUAGUCUGAUCUAGAUACCCUCUUUUUUAAUAUAUAAGCCUGGGAAAGAAAACCAGCAGUAUUGAAUAGAUAGAUAUAGAUAACUGAGUCAACCAAACAGUAGUGAAUUUGAGCCGUAGAUUGUGUGUGUAUUGCAGUCAUCGCAUAGAGAGAAGUUAUUGAGCUUGUGAAUCGCUGUGAUUUAUAGCAUGUAUUAUGAAAGUUGUUAAGUUUAAAAAGACGAGAAAUGUAUUGACUGUGGUAAUUCUGUCUAUUACAAAGUUGUAUCGAGGAAGAAUAAACUGGGUUAGUCCAGAAAGGACUUGCAUUGCUGAAGUUUCUC